CGCGUCAGCGGAGAUCGGCGCCCGCCUGGCAUACAGUAAUUCGAAGACUUUCCACUAGAGUGCUAUGUUUUGAGUUGUUCGAUCUGUAUCGUGUACGUUAAGCGUUUGGUUCACCGAUCACCGCUGAGUUGUAACCGUAUGUGUUGUCGCCGUCACUCUAUUGCCGUCCCUCAUUUCCGUCGUCGAUCUCGCACACGUUGACACGUCCUUUGUAUUGCCAUGGACGUCAGCUUGCUACUUCAGCAUUCGCAAUAUGCAUUACCUGUGGGUAUCGUGCUCAUAUGUGCGAUUCUCGUUUUCGUCUUUGGUUUCAAGAAGGCUGAACAACCACCUUUUGCACAGCUUUCGGUAGGCUCCGACGUGGACCGGAAAUUUACCAAUAAGAAACGUAUCAAGAUCAAAGAAAAGAAAUCUGCUAAUGGUCAAAUUGUAAUUGAAAAGGCAAGUCCUAUUAAAAAAAGUAUAUCAACAAAGACAGAAGUUACAAAAAAAAUUGUAUCUAAACCAAAUGAUACUGAAGGAAAAUUAAAGGAACGAAAACAAGAAGAUAACAAAAUUUCUAUAACAAAGAAAGAUAAAGACCAAGUUCUUAUAAAAGUUGGUAAAGAAAACAAAAUUGAACAAGUAAAAAAUAAAAAGAAUUUAAAAAACUUAUUCCAAGAGAAACCAAUAGACUUUGAUGAAGGUGAUUGGGAACAAGCUUAUUCCAAAAAAGAUAAAAAAAAUAAAAAAAAAGAGGAAGAAUCUCCUUCAAAGAAAAAUAAAAAGAAUACUAAGAAGAUUGAUUUAAUUAAUGAAGAAGUAAUUAAACAAAAGGUUUUAGAAAAAGUAGAAAUUAAAGAUAAAAUUAUAAAGGAAACUGAAAAUAAAGAAUUAAAAGAGAAAGAUAAAAAAGAUGUGAUACUUACACCUAUUUCCAAUGAAGAAAUAUCUAAAGAAAAAGAACAGCAAAAAGAAGAACAAUCUAAGAAUGAAAAAAUAGAAAAAGAAGAAAAAAAAAGUGGAAAAUCAAAGAAAGGAAAAAAAAUUUCUGAAAAUGAAAAUAUACCUAUAAUGACUGUAUCUACACCAAAAGUAGAUAAUAAAAUCCAAGAACAAAGGACAAAAAAGAAGGAUGACAAUAUAGAAAAAGAACCAGAUAAUUUUGAAGAAAAAAGUCCUAAUGUUAUGCAAACACAAGAAAAAAGUGGUCCUGUGUUUGAUGAACUAGGAGAUAUCUGGACAGAAGCCAAACCUCAAAAGAAAAGUAAAAAGAAAGCUCGUAAAGAUAAUUGAGAAUGAUUAAAUAUGAUAAAAAUUAUGUUCCUUGUGAAGAGGAAUAGAGUAAGAAUCCUGCUUGGUCCAAACGACAUAUGUCAUUUCGGACUCAUCAGGUGUGUUUUAAGUGACUUACCAAUUAACCACCUGACCAAAUUGUUCCUUUCCCUUGUAUAUAAUGCCAAUUGGACUAGGUUGUUCGAUUAAUUCAUAUAUUUCAUAGACUUCAUAUCUGCAGGUGCACUUUGUAUAGAAAAAAAAAAAUGAUAGAUUAUUGAUUUUUUUAACAUAUUAAAUGUUUUAAUGAAGCUGUAUUUGUAUUUACAUUUGAUGAAAGAGGCAUAAGUCAUAGUUUUCAUUAUAAAAUAAUUAUUUUAUAGAUUCUAUUCUUUUAAGAAUUAUCUCAUAUAUGUCCAUAUUUUAUUAGAUAUAUAUUAGUAUAUAUUUAUAAAUUUCAUAAUCAUAAAUUAUUAAUAAAUUGUACUUAUGUCUUUUAUGUUUCAUCGAGAAGUCUUAAAAAGAAUUUUUAUUAGAUUAAUGUGUUUGCAUCCACGUUAUUAACAUUUUGAUUUAUCUUUUAUAAUUAAUUUAAAUAUUAUAGAUACAAAUGGUUGAAAACUUAAAAAAUAUAUCAUAUUCCAAAACAAACAAAACAAUAAUAAAGUGCAGGACAAUCUCUUCUGAGAAAAGUUUAUAUUACUGAUGUACUGUGUCUUUUUCAAUGUAUUAAAAGAAAUAUUUUCUUAUAUUUGAUAGCUUUAUUGCAACAUAUAGAUAAAAAAUUAUAUACUUUGUAAUAAUAAACUAUAUGUAAUAUUUUAUUAGUAAACGUACAUCAGUAAUGAAUUAUAAAGAUUGCAUAUUUAUAUAUGAAUAUACAAAUCUGUGACAAAAUUUGUGCCAAGUUAUAAAAAGAAAAAAAAUGA